AUGAGUACUUUAGGAGAAGCAGCAGAUCCAGGAAGUCCAACAAGUCCAGAUUGCGCAGCAGGUCCAGGUUGCGCAAUAAGUCAAAUAAGAAGAACAGAUCCAGUAGGCGCAACAAGUCCAGGUUGCGCAGCGAGUCCAAUAAGAAGAACAGAUCCAAUAGGUGCAACAAGUCUAGGUUGCGCAUCGAGUCCAAUAAGAGGAGUAGAUCCAAUAGGCGCAGCAAGUCCAUGUUGCGCAGAGAGUCCUAUAAGAAGAGCAGAUCCAAUAGGUGCAGCGAGUCCAGGUUGCACAGCGAGUCCAGUAAGAAGAGUAGCUCCAAUAGGCGCAGCAAGUUCAGGUUGCGCACUGAGUCCAGUAAGAGGAGUAAGUCCAGUGAGCGCAGCAAGUUCAGGCUGCGCAGCAAGUCGAGUAAGAGAAGCAAGUCCAGUAAGCGCAGCAAGUCCAGCUUGCGCAGCAAGUCGAGUAAGAGGAGUAAGUCAAGUAAGCGCAGCAAGUCGAGGUUGCGCAGCAAGUCCAACAAGUGCAGCAAGUCCAAGUUGGGAAGUAUCUCUAAUGAGAGCAGCAACUAUUAUAAGUGCAGCAAGUUGA